AUGUUCACUCCCGCAAGACGCUUUUCCACGGCAGCAAAGGUCUACCCAAGCUACCUCCCUCACCUACCACACAGUCGCCGGAUGCCCUUCAGAUGGUUCAAGCCUCUAGCGGCCCUCGUCGCUGUAGGCCUCGGCGUCCGAACCUACGCCGUCAACGCCCGCGAUAGGAAGACGAUUGCCGCGGCCCAGGAGAUCGAGCGGCAACACGAGGAGCGCCGCCGGCAGCACAACCUGAUGGAGGUCUACGGCAGCCGCGACAGCCUCGAGGACCUGGAGAACGCCAUCCGGUUCUACGAGAAGAAGUGA